AUGGUAAACCUAAAGUUGUUUACUUUAUGGGUUUUAGCUAUUCUCUAUUCUUUACGCGUCUCCUCUGCUUCUGAAAGUUUCUUCAUCAACUUUGGUUCGCCGGAGAAUGUAACAGUCAACAAUCGAACCUUCGAUUCCGACAACAAUCUUGGUCGGGAAAUCUUCGAUUCCACUCGAGCAACCUCUGUCAACACCACCGAUACGAACUCCCUUCCUAAAGGAGACGAAUCGACUCUGUUUCAGACCGCGAGAGUAUUCACCGAAGAAUCAAGAUUCCGAUUUCCGAUCGAACAACACGGAUGGUUCUUGAUUCGUCUUUACUUCUUACCCUUCCUUUCGUCUUCUCGAGAUCUAACCACAGCUAGAUUCUCUGUUUUGGCUCAGAACUUCACUCUGAUCAGAGAUUACAAACCCUCCAAGACUUCUGUUGUUAAGGAAUACAGUUUAAACGUUUCUACAAAUAAUCUUUCGCUCGAUUUUCGUCCCGAAACCGGUUCUUUCGCCUUCGUAAAUGCUUUAGAAGUUUUCAGGAUUCCAGAGAAUUUGUUACCUGAAGAAGCAGGACUCAUUGGUACACAGAAGAAUCUCAAGCUUAGGACUCAUGCUAUGGAGACUGUUUCUCGAGUUAACAUGGGGAAUUUGAGUGUGUCUCGUGAUCAAGAUAAGCUAUGGAGGCAAUGGGAUUCGGAUUCUGAGUAUAUCGUUGAAGCUCAUUUCGGUACACCGGUGAUGAAUCUCGAAGCAGUUAACUUCAGUGCUGGUGGAAUAAAAGAUGACAUUGCUCCGGUUUACGUCUAUGGAACCGCUACGAGGCUGAAUUCAGAGGACAAUCCAACUACAAACGCUAAUCUAACUUGGACGUUCAAGAUCGAGCCUGGUUUCGAUUACUUUGUUCGGUUUCACUUCUGUAACAUUAUAGUUAAUUCUUUUGGAAGCAAACGUCAGAUAGUAUUUGAUAUUUUUGUGAAUUCGGAAAAAGUUGAGUCCAUUGAUAUGACUGAGGUUGCAAAUGGUACACUUGGAGCUCCUUAUUUCGUCGAUGCAGUGAUGCGGAAGGCCAGAAGCAGAGAAGGCGCAUUGAAUCUAUCUGUUGGUGGAGUUAUGGAUGUUUCGUAUCCGAUUUCUUUUAUUAAUGGGUUUGAGCUUUUGAAGCUAAGCAACGAUAAGCGGAGUCUUGAUGCUUCGGAUGUUGUUUUCCCGGAUGGUUCUUCGCGUAACAAGAGUUCGAAUCCAAGUAUCGGAUUGAUAGCUGGAUUAUCUGCAGCUUUGUGUGUUGCUUUACUGUUUGGUGUGGUUAUGUUUUCAUGGUGCGUCAGGAAAAGAAGAAGAAGAAAUAGACAAAUGCAGACUGUUCAUUCUAGAGGAGAUGAGCAAAUUAGGAAGAACGAAACAGGUGAAAGCUUAAUCUUUUCGAGCUCAAAGAUCGGUUAUCGAUUCCCUUUGGCUUUAAUCAAAGAAGCUACGGAUGAUUUCGAUGAAAGCUUAGUGAUUGGAGUUGGUGGGUUUGGUAAAGUUUACAAAGGAGUGUUGAGAGACAAAACCGAGAUAGCUGUAAAACGCGGUGCUCCACAAUCUCACCAAGGAUUAGCGGAAUUCAAGACCGAAAUCGAAAUGCUUUCUCAGUUCAGACACAGGCAUUUGGUUUCUUUGAUCGGAUAUUGCGAUGAAAACAGCGAAAUGAUCAUUGUCUAUGAGUAUAUGGAGAAAGGAACGCUUAGAAACCAUUUGUAUGACUCGGAUAAUCCGAGGUUGAGCUGGAGACAGAGGCUUGAAGUAUGCGUUGGUGCAGCUAGAGGGCUUCACUAUCUCCACACUGGUUCAACAAGAGCAAUCAUACACCGCGAUGUGAAAUCGGCUAAUAUUCUGUUGGAUGAGAAUUUCAUGGCCAAAGUUGCAGACUUUGGAUUGUCUAAGACAGGUCCGGAUCUUGAUCAGACAUAUGUAAGUACCGCGGUCAAAGGAAGCUUUGGAUAUCUAGAUCCAGAGUACUUGACCAGACAACAAUUGACUGAGAAAUCCGAUGUUUACUCUUUCGGUGUUGUUAUGCUCGAAGUACUAUGCGGGAGACCGGUCAUUGAUCCUUCGCUUCCGAGAGAGGAAGUCAAUUUGAUCGAAUGGGCGAUGAAACUGGUGAAGAAAGGGAAAUUGGAAGAGAUCAUGGAUCCUAUUCUUGAAGGGAAAGUGAAGCUUGAAGAGCUGAAGAAGUACUGUGAGGUAACAGAGAAGUGUUUGGCUCAAAACGGAAUUGAUAGGCCAACAAUGGGAGACUUGUUGUGGAACCUAGAGUUCAUGCUUCAGGUCCAAGCGAAAGACGAGAAAGCAGCAAUGGUGGAUGAUAAGCCAGAGGCGAGUGUCGCGGGCUCAACCGUGCAGUUUAGUGUGAAUGGAGUUGGAGAUAUUGCAGGGGUUUCAAUGAGCAAAGUUUUCGCGCAAAUGGUGAGAGAAGAAACGCGAUAA